AUGUCAUAUAGUUCCGAAGUAGCAAAGUACAUCCUUUACUUAAAGAGUAAGGAUAUCAUCUUUUCGCCCAAUAAACCAAAUUGGGUCAACAAUCACUUGACCCUAUACUUUCGACUGAAAAGCUGGCCUGAUGGCUUUAAAGAGAACGCAUUCAAAUCGAAGACUAUAUGUGCCCCAUGCAAACACAUUAACAAUUGUCGGCAAGCUGCUAAUGCUUCGCAAUUCGAGUGUAUCCUUUCGCCAGGUUUUGAUGCUUGUGCAUUCUGUAUUAUGGUGAAUCGUCAAGAUGAAUGCUUAACCAAAAAGCAAAUCGCCAUGGAAAUGUCUAAACAAGACUUUCAUCCUAAUCAGGCAGUGCCUAAAUAUACAAGCGACAAGAGCGAGAGAGAAGAGACCGAUAAAUCUUUUUAUAAAGCGAUCAAUGCCAAGAAGCGCAAAAGAGAAGCUGAUCUGAAAAGUUGUCUGAAAACAACAAAAGUAUCGUCCGAUCAAAGGCCGUAUUUCGAUCGUCAAAUCCGCAAGAAAGCUCGUUUUCAUAAUGAUGGACCGGUAUUGCGUAGGUCUGACGAAACAACAAAUGCUCAGUGUGGGUUCAUUGAAGUAAUCGAGGCAAGUGCACUGAAAGUUCAAGAUGGUGCUGGAGCGAAUAGUGUCGCAAAUUGCUUGACCGAAUUAAGUAAGGCUCCUUUAUCGGAACUUGAUGAGAAUGGCGAAGCGAACAGGGCUGAAAGUGAUUUGGCUGAUUCGGAGCGAGUAUCUUUGCCAGAAAUGCAAGAGAUUGGUGAAGUAAACAGAGUUCCAGGUAGCUUUGUCGAUUCAGAACAAACAGCUGUGCCCGAAAGUGAACCUCAUGAGAGCUCCAUUUGUGUAUUUGUAUGA